GGGUCCAUGCUAUUCAACAGAGAAUCUUGAAGAACUUAUCAACCUUGUUUCAUUUGACGAUGCUUUUGGCGGUCUUCGUGAAGCUUGGAAGCAGUGGCUCAUGGCAUGGACUGCAAAGGAGAGCCAUGGAUCCGUUGAUGGAGAUACAUCACUGUUGUUCGUUCGCACCAUCGAGAUCGUCUCAGGAAGGAUUGCUUCAACCGAGCAGAAACUGAACCGUUGGGAUUAUUCCCAGCUGGAGCAGCUCACCUCUUCCAUCUGCCACAAGCUUGCCACAAUAGGUCUUGCUCAGAAUGGGGCAAGUAUGGAGAACACAGAGGGCUUACACCGGCAAGUGGAUUUGGAGAUGCAAGAACUAUCUUGGCGUGUUCAUCAGGGUUGCCAUGGCAUCAACAGAGAGACCAGACAGACAUUUCUCAACGUGGUGAAAAGCUUCUAUUACUCGGCUCAUUGCUCACCUGAAACAGUUGAUAGCCACAUCGCAAAGGUCAUAUUCCAGGAUGUGAUUUAG